AUGGUAGUAGGUAUACUGCUGGAAGUACCUAAUGCUAUUGCUGCAGCAGGUGGAUUGAGUGCAAGUUCAGGUACAAGUAGUUCCAGUGAUAGCUCAGGCUCAGAGUCCAGUGAGGAUAUCAACGCGGCUGUCGUGGUCAGCAUCCGUAUGGUCCAAGUCGGUAUUGGUCUAGCAAUCGGUUUGUUUGCAGCAGCGUUGGUAGUUUACCCGUUCGGUAAGAAACGACGUUAUAUUUUCAGUUAUUAG